UUUUAGCGGCUGAGGAAGGAGCAUCUCUGCACAUGAAUUUGAUGUUGCAAGUGGAAAAUAACAGAGAAUCCAUGACUUAAUCAGCUCCACUGACAACUCUGGAUACUGAAGAGAAGAAGAAGAAGCAGCAAGAGAGCAGAGCUGCGGGACGCCAACAUACCAGCAUACCACCACUACAUAGAUAACGCUUCGGGAGGGAACCUCCACAGAGCUCUUUCAACUUCACACCAGAAAGGAGUGAAAAGAACAGCUGAAAGAAUAAAAACAUCAUUAAAGGAACUUUGCUGAAGUGUGUAUGUAGUACGUGGAGGACUGACUGGUCUGCAGUGGUCUUGCGAAGAAGUUAGAAAAGCAGAACAACCUGGAGGAGGAACAGCAAGAGGUCCACCGGGCCCCACAGCACAAUUUCACUAUGAGUAUGACUGGUACUCUAGAGAAGGGAGCCCACCAUCAGGCUUUGGAUCUGUCUGAGGAGCUGCCGCCUCAUCACCUCCAUCACCACACCAACCACCACCACCACCAUCUCCACCACUCCAACUCUCUGGCCUCCACCACCGCUGCGGGGGGAGGCAGAGAAACACCUUCACGUGUGGUCAUACCUCCUCCUUAUUCGGCAGCUGAGAGUGGAGGUGGGGGAAGUGAAGCCCCUCUGGAGCUGCGGGGGUCACUCGACUGCUGGGCUUGCUCGGUGCUGGUAACGGCUCAGAACAUGGUGAUUGCUGCGAUCAACGCCUGCCUUGCUGGAGUGGUGUUUGGGACCAUCCUGACACCAGCCAUUGUCAUGGUCGUGUUUGGCUUCCUCUGCCACUCUACAGUCCGCCCUCACGGGACGACACCUUACUGCUCAGACCUGCUGACUGAUGGAGGCUGCGUGGCUUUGCUGGUGGUGGGCUUCCUCUUGGUCACCCCUCUGUUGGUCCUGGCACUGGCUGCAUACUGCCGCCUGGCCCGACACCUCCAGCUGGGCCUGUGUUUCAUCCCAUACAGCCGGGCCGUGUACAAGAACCUGCCAGCCACCCAGCAUCGUGGCCUCGGCACUGGCUGCUGCGGUGGUCGAGACGGAGUCGAUGGCAGUGGAAAGGGAAAGGUCUGGGUGUGAGAUGAAGGUGGGAUGGGGAAGGGGGAAUAGAGAGAAAAUGGGUGAGGAUGACCAUGAGCUUAAGUAUAUAAAGGGAAGUGAACAUGAGAAUGAGGUAGGGGGUUGUAUAGCUGAGGAUGUGAGGAACAAGACCAUGUGUACCAGAGAAUGGAGGAAGUUGUAAAUGGCAAUUGCGAUAACAACCAACUGAACAUCCUGGAAGGCAAGUUACAUAAUGACUAAUGAAGUAUUUCAAAGUGUUAACAUCAGAACAACAUAAGUGAUUGUUGAGAAACAGAAUGAACAUGGUGUCCUAAGGAAUUUCUGUUGCUAUUGUUCCACUGAAUACAGUAACUUUCCAGAUUCAAUACGCUGUCUUUAAGUAUUGAGAAAAAAAAAUGCGUACAAUCAAAGCAUGUAUUUUUCAAGCAAGAUACAGAAAUAAAUAUGCCCCUGUGUAAUAUCAA